GUGAAUGUGCGUGCUUUGCCCGUGUUUGGUGAUAUUGGCGAGUUUAGUCUAGAAUCAGUUGAAUCGCUUUUAUAUUUCAAGGAUAAUAAUUUAUGGCAGAAAAUAAUAACGUCAAGAUGUCACAACAAAUCGCCGGAAAGGUCCAAAGCCCAAUGGAUUUAGCGACUUUGAAUAUGCAACAAUUGACAAUGUUUAAGCAACAUUUGGAUCAAGAGCUUCAAUUACUUCAGGAUUCUUUGCACACUUUAAAAAUUGCACAAAGCAGAUUUCAGGAAUCAGGUGUUUGUCUCGAAAAGAUUACUCCGGCUGCCGAAGGCAACGAAAUAUUAGUACCUUUGACUAGUUCUAUGUACGUGACUGGGAAAUUGGCAGAUGCAAAUAAUGUGAUUGUAGACAUUGGCACUGGUUACUAUGCAGAAAAGAGUAUUGAAAAUGCAAAGGACUAUUUCAAAAGAAGAGUAGAAUACGUUACCGAGCAAAUGGAAAAGAUCCAGCAGAUCGGAAUGGAAAAAAGCAGAUUGAGAGAAGCAGCAGUAGAUAUAAUAGAAAGAGGUAUCAAAAUCAUCAUCGGAGGAUAG